AUGGCAAUUGACGAUGGAGAAACUAAGCAUAAGUCAGACCUCGUACUCAUGGCUGAAUCUGACAUGAGUGAUAUUGAUGAAGAGAACAAAGAGAGAAAGAAGCUAAAUCUUACUCUUGAUGAAAUAGAACUGGAUAAGAAGGAUAUGUGUGUGAUAACAAAAGAAAUGGAGAAACAGCCAGUUGGGUUGGGAAAGAUUGCAAAGCUGAUAAAUGCCAGGAAGAUUGAUUCAUCAGAAUUGAUAACAAUGAAAACUCUAAAGGUAAUUGUAGCUUAUGGUGUAACGUUUUUAUCCUCCAACCAAUUGGUGGGAGAGGUGCCAACUUCAUUUUCUGAACUCGUAAAUUUAACAGAUUUUAGGAUAAAUGAUGACAAUUUCAGUGGACAGAUUCCAGAUUUCAUACAAAACUGGAAACAACUUACCAAACUGGAGAUGCAUGCCACCGGACUAGAGGGUCCCAUUCCAUCAAACAUAUCUCUUCUGAAUAAGUUAACAGAUUUGAGGAUCAGUGACAUAGGUGGACCAGCUCAGACAUUUCCUUCAUUGAGUGAUAUCGCGGGCAUUCAAACGUUCCUUUCGGGAGAGCUUCCUGUAUAUAUUUGGGCGAUGAAGGAUCUGCAAACAUUAGACGUUACCUUCAACAAGUUAGUUGGAGAAAUCCCAAACAAUAUUAGUUCUAGAAGUAUGCUAAAGUUUGUGUUUCUUACUGGCAACAUGCUCAGUGGAGAUAUACCAGACUCAAUACUGAAGAAUGGAAUAAAUGUUGAUCUUUCCUACAAUAAUUUUACCUGGCAAGGACCUGACCAAAAUGCUUGUCAGCAAAACAUGAAUCUGUAUUUGAAUUUGUACAAGAGCUCUGCAGCAGUAAGCCCCCUAGUUGAGUCUAAUUGCUUUUGUGCUUUAACUUCUACAGAAAGAGAAUUCUUCCAUGUACGAAGGAUUUCACUUGUCCUCGGUGAGAAAUUAGUUUGGAAAGACUUCAAUUUUGUGAAUGAGGCUGAUGGAGUUCAAAGGCCCGUGGUUAGGCAUUUUAACACCAGUGUCACAGAUAAUACUUUGGAGAUCCGAUUUUACUGGGCUGGCAAAGGAACUACCAGAAUUCCAUCUAGAGGGCAUUACGGUCCGCUAAUAUCUGCUAUUUCACUCAAACCAACUUUUGGAUCUUGUUCAGAGAAAGAUAAGAAGAGUGUUACUGCUUAUAUUAUUGUUGGAGUAGUGGCCGCAUGCAUUUUCCUGUUGUUAAUGAGCGCACUUUGGUGGAAAGGCAAUCUGCAAUGCAAAAAGAAACAGAGAACAGUUUUGACCAAAUAUUUGAUGUGGGGCCGGCUAUCUGAUGGUACUUCGGUUGCAGUGAAGCAGCUCUCGCAUUCAUCAAGACAGGGAAAUCGUGAAUUUUUAAAUGAGAUUGGCAUGAUUUCUUGUUUGCAGCACCCGAAUCUUGUUAAUCUGCAUGGCUGCUGCAUUGAAGGGACUGAAUUACUGCUCGUAUAUGAAUACUUGGAAAAUAAUAGCCUUGCUCGCGCAUUAUUUAAUUCAGAGAAAAGUCAAUUGAUACUUGAUUGGCCAACAAGGGUCAAGAUUUGUGUUGGGAUUGCUAAAGGUCUGGCUUACCUUCAUGAGGAAGCCGGCCGUAGAAUUGUACACAGAGACAUUAAAGCUACUAAUGUACUGCUAGAUAGAGAUCUAAAUCCCAAAAUUUUGGACUUCGGGCUAGCUAGACUUACUGGAGAUGAUAAUACCCAUAUUAGCACUCGAGUUGCUGGAACAAUAGGAUACAUGGCACCCGAGUAUGCGCUAUGGGGUUAUUUGACCUACAAAGCAGAUGUCUACAGCUUCGGAAUUGAGAAGGCACGCGGAGUGAUUUCUUCACCAUCACAUCAUCCAAAUACUCCUAUCGACAAACCAUCAGUUGUGACACCCAUAGUGCCUCCUCCUACUACUGCUAACGUUGACGAUGUUGAUCCUUUAGUUUCUGAUAAUGAUCGUAGUCCUUCACCCAUGCAUUAGUUUUUUAUGUUAUCUACUUUUUGCUGGA